AUGCGCAUCGUCCACGAUGACGCGCAACAACGCAUAUUGAACCAGACACAACUCAUGCGGGAAACAUCCCGUGUUUAUCUGCUGAUCCACGCAUAGGGAUGGAAAUGUAUCACCGACACGCAUCAUAGGCAGGAUUCGCUCUGUGAGGAUGCGGAUGGUGGUGGGCCCGAUGGGUUGCGGAGGAAGCCGGUCUGCCACGAUCGAACCCCGUUAUUACGAGAGCAGAGACACCGAGUCGACGUGGCUCACGGACACGGAGAUCACGCAGCUGCCGGUUGCCGGUGACAGUCACAAACCGAACGGAACCAGCGAGAGCGCGACAGAGAAGGAAAAUACAACAGCAACCGCAUCAGGUAAAAGAGAAGAUACGUCCAUGUCAGUGACCAAAUGCUCUUCUGCCAAAGAGAGAAAGCUGGUGAACGCUGGCACACAGUGUGGGAGACACUCUACCCUCACCAGCAGCAAUCAGAGGAGACCAGUGCCGAGAGAUGAGGUCAAAAACACAUCAAAGAAAAUCCCCGCCGAUGAAGUGGUUAAGAGUGUCCGUCCGGCUGUAAAUAAGAAGUCUUGAGACAUUUGGGUUGAAAUGAACCUUUGCUUUGAAACGCAAUCAUCCAAGUCAAAGUCUAACAAGGGAACUUUCAUUAUCAUAAACUGGAUAUGCUAAUUCUGCUGCGGUCAGAUCUAAUUAACAUCUGAUUAUCUGCAUGUAAACAUGCAGCACCUGGAAAAAUGCCAAACCCAAACAUGCUGCAACUAGUGCUGCUUUAAACUGGGCUCACGGUUUCCAAGCCUGUUUUUAAGCCUCAAAUAUAUUCAAGAUAUCAGUGUUAGCAGAAAUAUUUAUAUAUAACUGUGAGACUCCGAUCUGUGUUGUGCUGGAUUGAUAUUCUAGAGCCUAAAAAGUCUGUUUGAUAAUGCACAUUUACAAAUGCCUCCGGUUGUGUGUACACAAAUGAGCAAAUUAAAUGUUCAAACAUAAUUUAGUCAAUUUCUUUUCAUCUUAAUGAAGGUCCUAAAAGCAGGGUUUGGGGCAGAGCACAAAUUCACACCACAACAGAAUAAAAAAUACACUAUACAUUUAUACAUAUACAUACAGUAUAUAUAUAUAUAUACACACACUCACCUAGAACUUUAUUAGGAACACCUGUACACCUACUUAUUCAUUUGAUUAUCUAAUCAGCCAAUCAUGGGGCAGCAAUGCACUGCAUAAAAUCAUGCAAAUAUGGGUCAGGAGCUUCAGUUAAUGUUCACAUCAACCAUCACAAUAGGGAAAAUUGGUGGCAUGAUUGUUGGUGCCAGACAGGCUGGUUUGACUGGUAUAACUGCUGAUGUCCUUGGAUUUUCAUGCACAACAGACACUAUAGUCUCUAGAGUUUACUCAGAAUGGUGCCAAAAACUAAAAACAUACAGUCAGCGGCAGUUCUGUGGACAGAAACACAUUGUUGAUGAACAGACAGGUUUGAGCUGACAGAAAGGCUAUAGUAACUCAGAUAACCACUCUGUACAUUUGUAGUGUGCAGAACAGCAUCUAAGAAUGCAAACACAUCGAACCUUGAGGCGAAUGGGCUACGACAGCAGAAGACCAUAUUGGGAACUAUUUUUAGGACCAUACUGUUCCUAAUAAAGUUCUAGGUGAGUGUAUAUGUAUACUGCAUUUUUAAUUCUGUUGAUCAUCACUGGCUGAGAUAUUUACAAAAUCAUUCACAAGUAUGCACAUUGCAGCUUCUUUUUUUACAUGUUUAUUUACACAUUUUAAAUGAGUCACUUUCAGUGACCUCAUUGGUCAGUCUUAUGACACUCCAACUUAAAAUGUAUCCGUGCAGACGUUACGAUGCGUGUGCAGUUAAACUGGACUGCCAAUAUUCAUGAUUUAUCCAGAAUUGGCAGGACGGAUAUUGCAAUGGUUAAAAAGGCAUGUUUAUUGUUUACAUUAGCAUUCAAAAGAAUACAUGUACAAAUGUUUGCACAGAGGAAAUGAAUAAAACGGAUAACAUCCUCAACCAUACUGAUACCACAAGUCUGUCCUUCAUUUGAUAUCGGAUUAUUAUCAGGAAAAGGCAUUUAUUUCAAGAUCCUGCAUCAAUGACUUCACAGAUAUGAAUUAUUAAGUGGAAUAAAAAAUAAAUAAAACAGAAGUACAAAGACAAUUUGUGAAAUUAUUCAGAACAAACAUCUCAGCGAGUAUUGACGAUGACCAUCACCCAUGGUGUCACGAGUUUGAAUCCCAGGGCGUGUUGAGUGACUCCAGCCAGGUCUCUCCUUAGCAACCAAGUUGGCCCGGUUGCUAGGGAGGCUAGAGUCACAUGGGGUAACCUCCUCGCUCUCGGUGGGGCGUGUGGCGAGUUGUGCAUGGAUGAUGCAGAGUAUAGCGUGAAGCCUCCACACGCGCUACGUCUCCAUGGUAACACGCUCCACAAGUCACGUGAUAAGAUGCGCGGAUUGACGGUCUCAGACGCGGAGGCAACUGAGAGUCACUACGCCACCAUGAGGAUUUAGAGCGCAUUGGGAAUUGGGCAUGCCAAAUUGGGAGCAAAAAAAUAAAAAAUAAAAAUAACAAACAUAGGAGGUUUUAUUGGAAAACUUGCAUGGAACAAAUAUUAUUAUACACGCAAAAAAAAAAAAUACAAAAAAAUAAUAUAUAUAUAUAAUUUUGAGUUAUGCAUUUCAUCAAAUUGAAUCGAGUAAUCUUAAAUAAAUCAAAUAAAAUAA